AUGAAUUGUCUUGGGGCACUUGAUGGAACUUACGUUCCGGUAACAAUGUCGGCAGAAGAAAGACCAAGAUAUCGAAAUAGGGCUCUGCAUCUGAUGCUCAUAUAUUGCAAGAUGCUUUACGUAGGAACAAUCGAUUUCAUGUUGCAAGAGAUAAGUACUAUCUUGUGGAUGCGGGUUAUACUAAUGGCGUAUAGAGGAACUAAAUAUCACUUGAGUGAAUGGAGUGGGAACAAUAGACCUGAAAAUUACAAAGAGUUAUUUAAUCUACGUCAGUCAAUUGCAAGGAAUGUAGUUGAAAGAGGAUUUGGACUAUUGAAGAAACGAUGGACUCCUAUGGAUCAUGACAUAUCAAAUCAUUCGACAUUGGAGGGAAAUAAUGCUCAAGAUAGGAUUGCAAGUGUUCAAGUUACUGAUCAAUGGACAAACUUUCGAGACACAUUGGCAGUAGAGAUUGAACAAGCAAGGGCUAAAGUCAUGAAUGGAUUUGGAGGAAAAAAGGCUUGCAAAGGAAAGUCAAGCAAAAGGAAAGGCAAACAAGGAGUUGAACCUGAAGGAGAAGACAAAAACUAUUUUCAGUGGAAUAUAUCUAUGGAACGUGAAUUAGCUGAUAUACUUCGCGAGGAGCGCAGCUUAGGUCACAAAGGAGAUGGUGGAUGGAAGGCAAUUGCUUACAAUACUAAUGUAAAUAUAUUAGCUGCACAAUUUAAUCUCCAGAUAAGUGCUGAUAAUAUUAGAAAUCGUGUUAAGUCAUGGAAAAAGUUCUAUGGAGUAGUGAGUGAUAUAUUAAGUCAAAGUGGAUUCAAUUGGGAUUCAACAAAAAAGAUGAUAAGUGUAGAUGAAGAUCAUGUUUGGGAAGAAUAUGUGAAGUCUCAUGACGAUGCUAGAGGUUUUCGAUUUAAAGUUAUAGAAAAUUGGGAUGAUAUAGUAGAUUUGUGUGGCAAAGAUAGAGCCACUAGAGAGGGCGCUGAAACAGGUGCAGAUGCAACUGAGGUUGUGACUGCUACUAAUGAAGUUGAUCAUGUUGAUUUGGAUGGUGAUACACAAGAUUUAGAAGAUAUUCAUGUUAUUGAUUAUAUUUCACCAACCUCAACAAAUGUUCAAAAGAGAAGAAAUCGUGCAUCAAAUUCUUCUGAUAUUCUUCCUACAAAGAAAAGAGGUGUUGUCAAAGAUGUUAUUGCUGAUUCGAUUGCUAGAAUGGCUUUAUCAUUUGAAGAGUUUAUUCGUGCUGAUACUAAGAACCUUGAUCCAACAGAGGUAUAUGCUGAAGUACAAGCAGUACCAGGUCUUAGUGAAAAUGAACAACUCAAAGCAUGUGCUUGGCUGAUAGAAAAUGACAAACAAUUUCAGAUAUUGAAGGCACUCCCAAUUGAGAAAAAAAGGAGUAUGUUGCUGAUGUUUAUUGCACGUGGGGAGUGA